AAUCUUUAUAUCUAAGAGACCCGCUACUUUCCAUCCCCCGUCGCCAUUUCCAUCUUUCCUGCAGCCUGCGCACGGGCUUGCAGCACGACUGUCAAGAUAAAGGAAUAAGUGACAUUAUUACAGCAUCAGAUCGAAUAAACCUACAAUAUAACCAAGUCAACAGACCCUGGAUCAGCCCCCCAUGGAACAUCCAACACCUUACUCGCACCCCUCGCCGCCGUCCUCGGUAGCAGACCGAAUCUGGGAUAAGGCUCUCUCAGACCCGGAAUACGCUUCCCAUAUCCUCGACAGCGAUUUACACGAUGCCACUCCCUUGCCUGCACGUCUCAUGCGACUCGCGCACCUUCUGUCCGAAAGCCACUCAAUCUCUGAAUCCGACUCGACCACAAUCCGUCACUGCCUUCACACGAUGGAGACCGUGCUUGAUCCGCGUCCCGCACUGUCGCAGGAAGUGGCCCUUUGUCGGCCCCGUGCCCAUUCACGACCGCCCAGCCCAAUAGACUCCCCUCGGAGUCCACAUGUUGGCCCAACCGAUCCUGUCGUGCUUGUCCCAGAAUUAUCGCACUCGCAAGUAAAGAGUCUUCUUGCUGAGGUCACGACUAUGAGAGCGGAGUUCGACCAGCGCCGCAAGGAGUCGCUCAAAAUCCACAGCUUGCUCACCCAAGAGCGUCAGGAGUUGACACGGAGACUAUUGGAACUAGACGAGGAGAUACACGAGCUCCGAAAUGAUAUUCUUGAAGACUCGGCCGAACGUGAGGCGAUGCAAGGAACGAUUAAUGGCUUAGAGAUAUGGGUAGAUGACUGGCAUAAGCAGCACCUUAUAUCUGUGGCGGAAAGACCCACUAUGAGAGGGCGGCGAAAGAAUCAACGGCGGUGGACAAAGUGUGCCAAAGAGGAGCCCAUUGAUGACGACGGAGAAGCACUUUUUGAAGGCAUCACAGCAUGGAUGCGGGGUUGGAAGGACGUUGAGGAGGGCUUCCACAUUCGACAGAAGGAUCGCAAAUUGAGAAGGGAGCAACGACAAAAAGAGCAGACACAAAAACAGAGGGACCAUCCCAAAUAAGUCUGAAUUGUUGAGA